AUGGACCGAAAUACAUCUUUCGCGUCGGAUAUCGACGAUCCGCUCUUCCGGAUCUGCUGGCGACGUCAGUCGUGUGGAUGGUGUCUGGAGGGGGAUGUACCUUGCAGUUGGUGCGCGGUUACAUCAACCUGCGUCCCCAACCCCUCCCACUUCCCCAUCCUCGCCCCCGUCCUCAACACAGGUAUCUGCCCGCUCGGUCAAAAAGAGCGGUGGGAGCUGCGCGCGCCGCCCUUUGGAUGCCACGUGAGCACGGUGACGUUCCUGAGCGUUGUUGUGUCUGUCCUGGGGACGGUUUCUGCCAUUGGGGCGGGGGUUCUUGCCGUGCGGCUGUGGAAGAAGAGGUCGAGUGGUUGUUGGGAAUGGGGGAAGCUGGGGGGCUCGUUUUAUGGGGCUUCGGAUGGGAUUGGGGAUAGGAGUGUGGGUGAGGAAGGUGAUUUGGAGGGGAGGAGUCGGUAUUGGGGGGAGGGUCGUGAUGAUGGUGAGAGGAGGCCGUUGCUUGCCGGGGGGUAG